AUGAUCCGCUCAACGCAAAUAGCAAGACUAGACGGUCUGAUGCUCUGCGCCUCCGUCGACGACGAGCAACAAGAAGCCGCUCUCUCCGAGGUCAAGUCUCAAAUCAAACAGGUCCUCCGCAAGCUCACGCGCAACUCGGAACCCCAAGCCAGUAUUGAAAGCGGCGCCUACAACUUGAAUUACCUGAUCGACUCGGACAUUACGUUCCUCUGCAUAACGGAGCGUUCAUACCCGCGCAAGCUCGCCUUCACGUACCUCGCUGACCUCGCCCGCGAGUUCACGACGACCUACCCUGUCGCCCAGCUCCACUCCCCGUCCCUGCGGCCCUACGCGUUCAUGGAGUUUGACACCUUUAUCUCCCGCACCAAGGCCACCUAUUCGGACGCUCGCGCCUCCCAGAACCUCGACAAGCUCAACGACGAACUGCGCGACGUCACAAAAGUCAUGACCAAGAACAUCGAGGACUUGCUCUACCGCGGCGACUCGCUCGAGCGCAUGGGCGAGCUCAGCUCCCGCCUGCGUGACGACAGCAAGAAGUACAGGCGAGCUGCAGUGAGGAUCAACUGGGAGCUGUUGCUGAAGCAGUACGGCCCGCUCGGCGCGCUGGGGUUCAUCAUUAUCGUCUUCUUCUGGUGGCGUUUCUUCUAG